GGCACUACUAACUUACUGUGUUAUCGCUCUGUUAUAUAAUCAGGUAUAUUUUACCAGUGAAAAUGUGCUUCGAACUUUAAUUAAUGUUUCACAGUAUAUCCGAUUUAUAAGAACCUUAAACAUAAUUUUUUUCACUACUUUUGAAGUACAAGAACAUAGCCUACAAUUUUAAAUUAUGAUAAGACAGUACGUGACGGUAAUAUUUACACAAAUAAUUAAGUGAGUGUCUGAAUAAUGCGGCGGGGAAGUUUUAGGCUUACUGACAGUAAUGUGAUGCCUUGCAUUUAGCAAACUAGUGAGCGGUCCUUGGUGACGCUAGUGCGAUCAGUCGCUGUCCUACCGGAAACGGAAGUGAAUGUGACACACCGGAUGUGGCUAGUGGGUGACACAAUUUUUAACUAGUGUGUGGCAGUGUCAUGAUGCUCGUUCUCCUAUUGUUCGCUUCUCUCACCAGGUGGACUUCAGCCGAUAACUUAUCCUUGCUGUCCGGGACCCUGAAGACCUUCCAGAAGGCGGCUUGUGACGACCAGCAGGUCAGCCUGCGAUGUCCUGCCGGGACCUGUAUAUCCGUGUUGAUCGCUCAGUACGGCAACUCGGCCAAGGAUCUCCAGGCUCUCUGUCCUGACGUCAAAGGAUCCCACAGUCGGAACAACAUGACUUGUCUGUGGCCUAAUAUUCUCCAGACGAAGUGGGAGGCGGCGCCUGAGGGGACCUGGGGAAAAUAUUCUCUGUUGCAGACAGUGGUCGAGGCGUGUCACAAGAAGCGCCAGUGCAAGUUCCACGCAUCUCCAAACUCCUUCGGCGGAGAUCCCUGCCCCGGCUUCCGCAAGUACAUCGAAGUAGCCUACAAAUGCCGUCCAUAUGAGUUUCGCAGCAAGGUGGCAUGUCAAGACGACAGUCUUCAGCUCAGCUGUAACCCGCACUCCCGGGUGGUCGUCUACUCAGCCAGCUUUGGCCGCACAGAGUAUGAGAGCGUCCGUUGCCCGCAACCUCAGGGUGUCAGGGAGGAAACAUGUCUAGCUACUUACGCUACUGAGACAGUGAUGCAGAUAUGUCACGGGAUGAGACAGUGUAGUCUCACCGCAGACGCCGCAACCUUUGGGAACCCGUGCAACCACCUCUCUAAGACUUACCUCAAGGUCGUCUACACCUGUGUGCCGAAGACAGUUCUGAGGGAGCAGCUGGAUGACCAGGUGGAGGAGGACGAGCGUAGUGAGCCAGACUAUGAGGUGGACUACGAGUCGGUGGACAACGCGCUGAGGGAGAACCACGUGUACUCGGAGUCCCCCAAGCUGGCAGUGUCCGGGGGGCGACACAACGGGAGUGGUGUGGGUGGGCAGAUCGCUCCACCCGCCACGGCCACGGCGGACCAGACACGGGGAGACCAGCAGUUUCAGGAGACUCGGAAUCGAGUAAUACUAGGUCUGGUGUUCGCAAUUGCGUGUGGCCUGGUGUUGUUGGUGGCGCUGGUGGCUGCUAGGCUGUGGUGGGGGCGGCGUCGUGGAGGGAGGACGGUGGACAAGGCCUUAACAAAGGGUUACUCAGAGGACGGUGAUGUGGAAAUCGACCUAACGUCCUCAGCGGCAAUAACAGUUCUGCCUACCCCACACCAUCACACGCCACCACAGGAGGUUAUCAGAUACAAGGAAGAGACACCCCUGAGCAUGUCCAGUGCCGACUACUACUACGGAUGACCCGCGGCCACGGAGCCCCCCACCACCACCCAAGUCACACCCCCUCCAGGAGUGGGGAUCUGCUUCUAGCACCGGCCUCCAGUCGCCGAUCCCGAGGAACUGUUCCAACUGUAGGGUUCCGUUAGCGGUGACUGAGUGACAACAUACACUGACUCUUGAUUACUGAAAGACAUCAUUAUUCGUCCAGCGCGUGAGUGAACGUCAAAGUGGAAGUGUACCAGUGGGACUCAAACUGAUUUUCAGAAGUGGACAGGCCUUACGUACCUUUUGACUUAGUAAAAAGUGUUAGAGUUGAUGAUAUUUUGAUAUACGAGUAUCAAACUUUGAAUCUACUUACCGUAAAUCUUUACUAGACUUUUAUUCAAAAACAGUUUUUUUAUGAAUAGCCUACAUCAAUAGAUUUUUAAAGAAAAAUGUUACCUAAUUAAUGCUUAUGUUGAAGAAUGUUGUAAUAUUUAUAAAAAGUUCUUUAAAAAUAUUCGAAAUACUGUAAAUAGGUUUAUGUAUUGUUUUUGUUGAGUUCGAACUUUGUUUUAGGGUAUUACUUUACAUCAAAGCCGUGAAUCUCCGUACCAUUUGAGAAUUUAAAAACCGUGAAAACCAAUCUAGUUACGAAUGUUUGGUGGAUAUCGAUUAAACUUAAGAUUCUUUGAAGCAAAACUACAUUUUUACUACUUUGAAAACUUUAAGAAAUCAAAGAUUGCACAUAAAGACAAAAAACUACUCCGUCAAAUUCCACUACGCAGUGUCAAAAUAUAUUCGUUAUUUUUAGUACCUAUAUAAAAAAAUCAACGGUGACGUGUAGCGGGUACGGCGGUUAUCGUGAGAUAACCGAAUCAAGCAACAUCGAGCGUGGCUGCUGCUUGGAUGGAUAACCGCUGAACUAUCCUGUCCUUGAAAGUAGUCCACCCGUUCGGACCAUGGUGGUGGUUCGGGAGUCACCUUUAAGCUGUCGUUCCCAGGUGUUAGAGAGGGCUUCUUAGAUCUAACUUUGCUUUGUAAAAUAAGGCAUUACUUUACUUUACUAUGUAUAUUUUGAAUUACGAUUUCAAAAAAUAUGUUCGAUCUCAAAAAUUUAGUGGCGUAAUCCUUAUCCUCAGGGAAAUAGUUUGCAGGGAAACCUUAUUUGGGAAAUCGAUAACCAUAGCAAUAUUUCAAAUCUGGUAUGUUGUACUGAAUUAAAUAACCAUUCCGUAAAAGGUAUCUGCAUACCUAUCAGAAGGAGAUUGUCUCAGCUCAAAGGUAUGGGAGUUUGCCGAUCAUAGCUCUUUCAAUAUGGUACUUUGCGUAUAUAAACGAGAUAGGAGUACACCCCACCACGUGUCGUGUAACAGGCUUCGCGGCCCUAACACCUUUCAUUUUUGAGAUGUCCAGUGGACAGACAGACACACAGAAAAGAAAAUGUUAUAAUCUGCCAGCUGACAAAAAAUGUCAGCCUAUAGAGUGAUAGGCUUGAAAGACACUCAGCCAACUUCUAUGAUUUGAUAAAUUACGUAAUCCAGCAUCAUAGAACUACUGUAAUUCUUGCCAAGGUAGAAAUGAAGUUUAAUGCAAAAUUUAAAGUCCACAUAUGUAAACUUUUGAGAAAUAUCUACCUAAAUCAUACAUUCACAUUUCUAUUAAUUAAGUUAGGUAGCUUAUUGGGUUAAAUAAUACAAGUGAACAUACCAACUCGCCCAGUGGUGAUAAUGCAUAUGUUAGGUUAUGCAGAAUGCAGACUACGUGGAUUACUGUGGUAAAAGUUAAAAUCUCAUAUAAUUAUACUCUAUUUGUUUACAGAUUUAUUUAGUCAGAAAAUUUCUCUUUGCCGUCAAAGUUACCCGAAAUACUAAUGGAGUAAUAUUCCCUAACGCUCAGCCAAAUUCCAUGCAGUCACAUGCGCGUAUCACAACAUCCAACUCGACGUUGCCUAAAUAAAAAUGAAUCUUUAUGCAAAAUUUCAAUUCAAUAGGUCUGAUACUUCUUGAGAUAUCGUGCAGAAAGAUACUCGCUCAGUAUAACUAGUAAUACUUCACCUGUUUCCUGUUUUCUGUUUUCUUGAUGGUUAGUAUCAAAUAAUAUUACUUUGUCUCAAAUGGUACAAGCUUACUGUAAACUUGGCCUUACGUUACUCAAAAGUUCAUUAAUGGUUUAUCUUGUGAUAAGGGAAUAGUUUAGCUAUACCAACACGACUAGCUUUGGGAUAAAUUAAGUUUGUAAUCUAUGUCUACUGACCUGAUUAAUUUACUUGUUAUAUGAAUCACAGUUUGGUUUUAAUGAUAUCCUUAUUUAAGUAUACUAGCAUAUUUUAUGUUUACCUUAACACAAAUUUCAUCACGUUCAAGUGAAAAUCUGUGAUAGCUAUAAGUCACAUGUGAUUAAUACUAAAAUAUUUUCAUUAUAAUUUAAGUUACAAUAACAAUUCUAAUAGUGUAUUUCAGUUGUAAUUAAAUCGCUACAGUAUUUAAUUUAUUUCCUUUUUAGAGUAAAUAUUAUUUGUACAAAAACUGUCACUAAGCUAUUUAAGGAUGUAUAUUACUUGGCAUGCAAAAGACUUAUUUAAGACGCACUAUGAUGGCAGGGUAUGGUAUAAUAUAAUGUAAUGGAAUUUGUAUAAUUUGUUUUUGUUAUUAACUUACUGUGUAUUAUAAAUUAAUAAAUUUGUAUUUUAAUUAU